AAGGGCAGCGUUGAACAAAUAUGAGAUGGAAAAUUUGGAAAGCAAUAUUAAUAAAGAAAUCGCAUUCGUUGAAAGUGAUAAUGAUACAAGUGCUGAAAACGAUGAAGAAUUGAAUGAGAGUGAAUCUGAUCUUGAUGGUGCAUUGAGAUGGAAAUCUAAUUUAACGAGUAAAGCAGAAAAUACAUUCUCUUCGAAUCGUAGAGUGAAUAUUAUGCAAUUAAUUUAUGGUGAAAAGGCACCCGACGAAGUAGCGCUUAAUAACGUUUCGAAUCAAGUUCAGGAUGCUAGAAAUAAAAAUGACAGGUGUUCUAUUAAAUCUGAAGAUGACUUCUUCAAAAUUGCAGACACCGACACUGGAAAUACCGAGAUUUUGAAAUCAAUUGAUUCUUCUAAACUAUGCUUCGAUAUUAAAGAUAUUGACGAAUGGGAAGACGAAACUAUGCUUGAAUCUAUUAGAAACAAAUUUAUUACAGGAAGUCUUGAAGAUGAAAACCUCACCGAGUUGGAUGACUCGGAUCACGAUAAAGAUGACAAAGUUUGUGGCAACUUUUCAGUCAGAUCAGAAGCUUUUAAAGGUGCAGAAUUUGCAAAAAUAGAAAGUGAUGCUUUUUGUAACUUAGAUGCAAGUGUGUCUGAAGCUUCUUGCAAGUCGAUCACCAUCCUUUCGCCUAGUCCUUUCUCAAAUUCUGUUAGAUAUCAAGCAUGUUAA